GCAAGUACAUAUUUUCAGUGGGCCCCAUUCGGAUCGGAAUAAAAGCAGCACUCACACUCGCAGAAGAGGACCUGAAACCGGAAACGGAAGUGGGCGGAAUGGAACGACUGCGAUCGACGCACAGCCGCGAAGUGCGGAUAGGGAACUACAAGGUCAUACGGAAGAUCGGAUGCGGCUCCUUCGGCGACAUCUACCUGGGCAUCUACAUCCACAGUGGCGAACGGGUGGCCAUCAAGGUGGAGAGCACCAAGGUGCGCCAUCCGCAGCUGAACUACGAGCGGCGCCUCUACCGGGCACUGCGACCCGCACCGGGUCUGGCCAGGAUCAGGUACUUCCACAAGGAGGCGCACUACCAGGCGAUGGUGAUGGACCUGCUGGGCCCCUCGCUGGAGCGGCUCUUCCAGUUCUGCGAGCGGGCCUUCACCAUCAAGACGGUCCUGCUGCUGGCCGAGCAGAUGCUCCGCCGCGUGGAGUACGUCCACGGGCGGGGAUUCCUGCACCGCGACAUCAAGCCGGACAACUUCCUCAUGGGCCUGGGCACCAUGUCCAAGCAGGUGUACCUGAUCGACUUCGGUCUCUCCAAGAAGUUCCUGGACAUCACCACCGGGGUGCAUGUGCCGUACCGCGAGGAGCGUCCGCUGACCGGAACCGCCCGCUACGCCUCCAUUUGCGUUCAUGCGGGCGUGGAGUCAUCCCGCCGCGACGACAUGGUGGCCAUCGGCUAUGUCCUCAUGUACUUCAACCGGGGAUCGCUGCCGUGGCAGGAUUUAAAGGCGGACACCAAGCAGCAGAAGUACGAGCGCAUCCACGAGAAGAAGAUCUCGGUGAGCAUCGAGGUCCUGUGCGAGGGCUAUCCCUGCGAGUUCACCAUGUACCUGAACUACUGCCGUGGCAUGGGAUUCUACGAGCGCCCCGAAUACGACACCAUCUGCCGCAUGUUCCGAAUGCUGCGGAAUGGACUCCACCUGCGCCCCGGCCUCAUCUUCGACUGGGACAUGCUGAUGAUGAAGUUCCACAACACCCAGAUCAAUCCCGGCAUCGGCAAGCGCGUCUUCCCACCCAAGGCCGAGGAGGAUGAGGGGCGCAGCGGGGAGCCGAUCGUCAAGGACGAGAAGUGCAACUUCUGGCCAUGAGUCCCAGUCCAGCAAAAGUGUGAUAUGUAAAUUGACAGUCACGCCAAAUUAACUACUUUAUCUGAAUCGAGAAGUAAAAGGUGGAAACUAAA